AAACCAGAUGUGAAGUCUCUCAUGGCGAAGUUUAACACAGGGGGCAAUCCCACAGAGGAGGUCAACAGCCGACCCUUCAAAGUCACAGGGCAGAACUCACCUUCAGGAAUACAAGCAAAAAAGAAUUUAUUCGACAACCAAGGAAAUGCCAGCCCUCCUACAGGACCCAGCAACGUGCCUAAAUUCGGGGCCCCCAAACCACCUUUUGGAGUAAAACCACAUUCUGAGGAAAAGACUGACAAGGAGUCCAAACCCCCAUUUCUAAAGCCUACCCCUGGAGGCAACCAAAGGUUUGGGGCACUGGCAAAUACGCCCAACAGAGACCCUGAGGUAAAAGUAGGAGCUUUGAAACCUGUAACCCCCAAGACCAACAAUUUUCCCAAAGAAGAUUCCAAACCAGUGUUUCCCCGGCCUUCUGGGAAUAAGUCAUCGCUUCAGAGCGUAAACCAGGACGAAGUAAAGCCACCAGGCCCAAAGGCCUGGUCUAAUCCUCCAGGCCAGGAAAAUGAACAGAAGCAAGUUUUCCCAAAAUUGGCUGGGGUUAAAGGCAAGUUUAUGUCAGCCCCUCAAGAACCUGACACCAAACCCCACUUUCCCAAACCCGCCUUUGGCCAGAAGUCUUCCUUGAGUACCGAUGCUUCCCAGGAAGAUGAGAGCCCCACUAAGAAUGCAUCUCCACAGAGAGGACCCCCUACUUCCCUAGGAGUCAAAUCUAAAUCGGGCCCUUUAAAACCAGCCAGGGAAGAUCCAGAAAAUAAAGACCCUGGAGGUGAUGUAUCAAGUUCACCUUUUCCUGGAGUGGUUCUGAAACCCACGGCAAACAGAGGGGUCCCUGGCCUCUCCAAAAAUGCUGAAGAAAAAAAAGAAGAAAGAAAGAUAGAUGCUGCUAAGAAUGUCUUCCUGAGCAAAAUGAAUCAGGAGGAGGAAGCAUCUCCUGCCAAGUUCCCUAAGGUGCCUUCUAAGCUGACAAUGGGAGGACCGUGGGCCCAAAGUCAAGAGAAGGAAAAGGCGGACAAAAGUUCAGCCAUACCCAAGAAGAAGCCAUUGCCUCCUUUAUUUACCUUGGGCCCCCCUCCAGCAAAACCAAGCAGACCACCAAAUGUUGACCUGUCAAAAUACCGGAAAAACGCUCCUGGAAACUGUACCAUCAAAAGCCCAACAUCUUACUCAACAGCUUCCCUACCACCACCUCCACCGUCCCAUCCAUCCAGCCAACCACCAUUGCCAGCAUGCUAUCCAACACAACCACCAGUUCCAAGCCUACCGCCCAGAAACAUUAAACAUACCUUUGAUUUAAAGAGUUCUGCAAGUGAAGAAAAUCAAGAUGGUAGCAUUCUCUCUGAUGGUACUGGACACAUAGACGAGGAACAUGAGAGUGAAGGCGAAACAUAUGAAGACAUGUAUGAGUUACAUUUUUUUCUUAAUAUGUACCUGCUAAAGGUCAAUAGCAUAGUUUAUGUAACCAAGAAUGGCUAUAUUAAAACAACUGUGGUCCAGAUUGACUAUGAUUCUUUGAAAAGGACAAAACCAUCCCUCUGUGCUCACCCAUCAAAACCUGCUGAUGAUGACCAAGAAGUAUAUGAUGACGUUGCAGAACAGGAUGAUAUUAGCAGCCAUAGUCAGAGUGGAAGUGGAGGGAUGUUCCCAGCCCCACCAGAUGAUGAGAUUUAUGAUGGAAUUGAAGAUGACGAAGCUGAUAGUGGCUCCAUGCUACAGGUUGAAGAGGAGAAGAGUAACUCGUGGUCCUGGGGGAUUUUGAAGAUGUUAAAGGGAAAAGAUGACAAAAAGAAAAGUAUACGAGAGAAAUCAAAAGUCUCUGAUUCAGACAAUAAUGAAGGUUCACCUUUUCCGGCUCCCCCUGAACAAUUAGAUAUGGGAGAUGAAGUUUAUGAUGAUGUAGAUUCCACUGAUUACCCUGCUCCAUCAGCAGAGACAAGCCAAGGAAUAAAUAUUGGAAAGGCCAAGACAGAAGAAAAAGACCCUAAGAAGCUGAAAAGGCAAGAAAAGGAUGAAAAGGACUUCAGGAAAAAAUUUAAAUAUGAUGGUGAAAUCAGAGUCCUAUAUUCAACCAAAGUUGCUGCCUCCUUCACUUCUAAAAAGUGGGGGACCAGAGAUCUACAAGUGAAGCCUGGCGAGUCUCUUGAAGUCAUACAAAGCACAGACGAUACAAAAGUUCUCUGCAGGAAUGAAGACGGGAAAUACGGCUAUGUCCUUCGGAGUUUUUUGGAAGACAAUGAUGGAGAGAUCUAUGAUGAUAUUGCUGAUGGUUGCAUCUAUGACAAUGACUAG